GCAACCUGGCAUGCCAAAUGUUUGUGCUGACCAGGAGAUGUAUAUGAUGGGCGGCCGCCAGCCUUGUGUCCAGGCUUUCUCCCGCAUGGUAAAGGUAUGGAAACAAGGCUGCACAAGCCACAAGUGGUGCGUUGGCUAUGAGAGGAGGACAGCCUACUACACCACGUACAGACAAGUGUACAACAUGGAUUUACACACUGUCUAUAAGUGCUGUCCUGGCUGGACUCAAAAGAAUGACGAGAUGGGCUGUCUACAUAAUGUGAAUGAAUGUGAGGUGGGCGAAGGCGGCUGCGAUGGCUACUGUUGCAACACCAUCGGCAGCUACUACUGCAAGUGUCCUGAAGGCAGCAGACUGGGGCCAGAUGGCAAAUCCUGUCACGACGUAGAUGAAUGCGAGGAGCUCAAUGGAGGAUGCCAGCAAACUUGUGUCAACACGCGGGGCUCCUAUCACUGCGAGUGCAGCGAGGGGUUUCGCAUGCACACCGAUGGUCGGACCUGCAUUGCCGUGAACUCUUGCUCAGUGCUGAAUGGCGGAUGCGAGCACAAGUGUGUGGACAUGGGGAACAAUCACUACAAGUGUGAGUGUCGGAAGGACUACCAGCUGAGGAGGGAUGGAAGACACUGUGAACUGAGGGACCCCUGUGGAGAGAGGAAUGGCGGCUGCGCCCAGCUGUGUCUCUCUGAAGAGGGCCGAGUUCACUGCAGCUGCAGACCCGGCUUCAAACUGGCUGGAGAUGGCAAGGACUGUGAAGACAUCGAUGAGUGCAGUUCCGGCCACGCCAAGUGUUCUCACGGCUGCGUCAACAUGCCGGGCUCCUUCAGCUGUUUGUGUCAUCCGGGUUUUGAACUUGGCUCUGAUGGGAAACAGUGCUACCGCAUUGAGAUGGAGAUCGUGAACAGCUGUGAGAAGAACAAUGGCGGCUGCUCUCAUCAUUGUGAGCACACCACCAAUGGCCCUCUCUGCUCCUGCUACCAGGGCUACCACCUCGAGCAGGACAGGAAGACCUGUGUGGACAGUAAUGAGUGUGUCAGUGGGGAGUCCUGCUGCAGCCACGUCUGUAGAAACUACCCCGGUGGCUACGAAUGCAGCUGCAGAGCUGGCUACAGGCUGCACCCGGAUGGAUGUGGCUGUGAUGACAUUGAUGAGUGCCUGGCGGAGACCUCAAGCUGUGAGCAUUACUGCGUCAACACCCUGGGAACAUACGAGUGUUUCUGUCGACUGGGCUUCCGCUUGGAUCAAGACCAGCGCUCUUGUAUUUCUCUGUAUGAAGAACUUGAAGAGGAAGAGGAGGAAGAAGAAGAAGUGGAGGAGGAGGAGGAGCAGCUAGAGGUUGACAGAUUACCAGACCUGUUGUACCGCAAGGCCCCACAGCUGCUGCAGUACACUGCUGCCUUGCGCUCCCGUUAUGGCAGCGAUAAUGAUGAUGGUAGUCACGGUGGUGACAGUGAAAGAGAAAUAGAGAUCCAGAGGGAGCGCAGGGGAGAGCUCAGACUGGACAGCCACAUAGUGUGCCUUGAUGGCUCGUUCGGGGAGGACUGCAGUAUGAGCUGUAAAGACUGCGUCCAUGGAGCCUGUGGUGAAAGCAAAGACAGAUGUGACUGUUCACCUGGCUGGACUGGAACCAUCUGCAGUGAAACUUGUCCACAGGGUCGGUACGGACAGGACUGUAAUGGAGUCUGCGGCUGUCAGAACGGAGGCUUCUGUGACCCUGUGACUGGAAAGUGUUCGUGCCCCCUCGGGGUGAAAGGCCUGCUCUGCGAGGAUGGUUGUCCCAGGGGUUACUUUGGUUGGAAUUGCAGAAGAAAGUGCAGCUGUCCUAAUAAUGGACCCUGCCACCGUCUGUACGGAGCCUGCCUGUGCUCUCCAGGAUUAUAUGGCCGUUUCUGUCACUUGCUUUGUCCCAGGUGGACCCACGGCGCAGGCUGUUCCAAGGAAUGUGGCUGUGUUCAAGAACAUUCCACUGGCUGUGACCCCAAGACGGGGAUCUGUUUCUGUAAGGCUGCAUACCACGGGCCACAGUGUGAGAAAGAAUGUGAUCCGGGCUUCUUCGGCGCCGGCUGUGAGCAGCCCUGCGACUGUCCACGCGGAGGGUUAUGUGACCCCAGGACUGGAGAAUGCAGACAAAGCUGCCCAGCAGGCCUGCACGGAGACCACUGUCAGCAGGUCUGCCAAGCUGGAAGCUUUGGACCAAACUGUGAGCAGACCUGUGACUGCAGAGGAGCUUCCUGUGAUCCUGUUACUGGACAGUGCGUCUGUCCUGCUGGGAAGACAGGACGCUCAUGCCAGGAAGACUGCCCUGAUGGAUUGUGGGGGUUAAAGUGCCAGUCCUUGUGUCCUGACUGUGAGAACGGAGGCUCCUGCAACAAGCAGACCGGUGUGUGUGACUGCAAGCCCGGCUUCAUGGGGAACUACUGUCAGGAUGCAUGCGGUCCUGGUUUCUGGGGCCGGGGCUGCAUCAGUCCAUGCCAGUGCCAGACCAGUGCUCUGGGCUGUGACCCGGCCACUGGUCAGUGUGCGUGUGAAGCCGGAUAUACCGGGGAUCACUGUGAAAACAAGUGUGUGAAUGAGCGUUACGGUCAAGGCUGCGCCCACCAGUGUCAAUGUCAGAACGGGGCUCACUGCGACCACGUGACUGGAGCCUGCACCUGCUCUCCUGGAUACGCCGGCACUUUCUGCGAAAAGGUGUGCCCGGACGGCUUUUACGGGCUUGACUGUGGCCAGAUGUGCGAGUGCAGGAACGGUGCCCGCUGCCACCACAUCACAGGAGCCUGCCUGCGCACCGCCGGCUGGGCAGGACCACACUGCAUUCUGGUCUGCCCUGCCGGCAUGUUUGGACAGAACUGCAGCCUGCCGUGUCGGUGCUCCGGAGGCCAGGAGCAGUGCCAUCCUGCGACGGGGAAAUGCAGCUGCCUACCUGGUUACUAUGGAGCAGGCUGUGAGCUGCGAUGCCGAGCUGGAACUUUUGGACCAAACUGCAAGUCCCGGUGCAGCUGUGUCAACGGAGGCCGCUGCGACUUCAGGACCGGGGCGUGUUACUGUCCUCCUGGUUUUAUUGGCGCAAAUUGCAGCUUCAGUUGUCCUCGUGGAUACUACGGAAAAGACUGCGCUCAGCUGUGCUCCUGUGGUGAGGAAGGACAGUGCCACUCAGUGACUGGAAGGUGUAUCUGUGGCCCUGGCAGGAUGGGACGAUCCUGCCAACAAGCCUGUCCUAGGGGGCGCUAUGGCCUGCAGUGCAGAAACACGUGCAGCUGUCAGAAUGGUGGUUUAUGUGACCCUGUUAAAGGAUCCUGCCAGUGUGGGCUGGGCUGGAGCGGACCCCGCUGUGACACAGCCUGCUCACAGGGAAAAUAUGGGCUUGAUUGUGCGCAGGACUGUCCAUGCCUGAACAAAGGGACCUGCGACCGUUUCACCGGCAGCUGCAGCUGUACUGCUGGAUACUAUGGCCACUCCUGUCAGCACAAGUGUCCACCUGGGUAUUUUGGAGUGAACUGUGCCCAGACCUGUGACUGCCAGGUUGGACAAACAUGUGACCAUGAGACAGGAAAGUGUGUGUGUCCACCGGGCUUCUAUGGGUCACAAUGCCAAAGACAGUGUGAAGCUGGCAGCUUUGGAUCAAGCUGUGUGCAGACGUGUGACUGUGCAGGAGAGGCUCCAUGUGAGGCGACCACAGGACGAUGUCUCUGUCCGCCGGGGAGAACGGGACACAGAUGUGAAAAAAGCUGCGGUGGAGAGCGUUUCGGCCCCGACUGCUCCCUGCUGUGCCGCUGCUCCCACGGGGCGCGCUGCGACGGGCUGAGCGGGCGGUGCCUGUGUCCGGGCGCCUGGCUCGGCCCGACGUGUAGUGAAGCGCUGCUGCACCAAACCCCAGGAGCGCCGAACUUCUCCGCAGCCCUCAGAAAGAGAAGAGCGGGCAGCAAAACCACAUAACCCCCGAGCAGAGGCGCGGACUCCCGCCUGGACACUGGAGCUCGGGGCUCGGCUCAGUGAAGCGCGACUCGGAUCGUCUCGAUGAAGGUGAUGUCGGUGCUAAAAUGUCCGGUGGGACCGGCCGUCAGCUGACCGGCGCUCUACCACCAAGCCUGAAACUCAAGACAAUCAGCCAGCGGUCCUGACAAGCGAGAGGCUCUCAGAGGACCACGAACUCCACCUGUCUGUCCAACAUUUAAAAUGCCAAGUGGUGGAAACAACAAAUACCUGCAAGGUGUUCGUCACUGGUGAUGAUUCAAAGUGGAUGGUCUGUUUUCCAUUUUGAUUUUUAAUGAAAUGUUAAGAGUUCAGUCUGUGAACAUUUUGAUUGGGCGCCUGCAGUGUCUGUACAAUUUAAACAGUGAAGAUAAAAACAAAAGAUGAGCAUCAUUUCUGGUGAAAAUAUGUAUGAUAAUAAUAGAUAUGUUUGGAACAAAUUUAGGAGUACAUCUAUAUUUACAUCACAAUAAAACAAUAAACAACACAAUAAAACAAUAAACAACCCCCCCCCCAAAAAAAAAAAAAAAAAAAAAUAAAAUAAAAAUCCCAAAUCUCCCUAACAGUUUAUUUCAGGUAUUUGUUAGCAGACUAGUUUAAACUUGAAUAUUGCUCACUUGAAACAGGAGAACACUUAAAGUUUUGCUCAAUUUAAUUUUCUUAUGUAAUGAUGACAUAAUUUAUUGCCCUUUUAUUCAGCGUAACAGUUCAUUCUGUCUGAAAUGAGCACUUUGUUCUCUUUAAAAGUACAUCGUAUAAUCUUUUAUUGUAUCAUGAAGUUGCAGAUUUGUUUUGUCAUGCCAUAUCAUGCGCGGUGUAAGAUGGUGCAGUGAGUUUACUUAUUUUUCUACAUUUGGGCCAAGAACAGAAGAAGCAGCAGCUGCAGACCCGAAUUAACAGAGAACAACAGUCUAAUCUAGCUGAAGCGCUUUGUAACAACUAACAGCAGAAACUCUGAGGAACAGCGACGACUACUACUACUACUACUACUACGACCACCCAGUACAGAAAAAUGACAUUUCAAUCUUCCGUGCUUUUAUUGUUGAGGCCUCCUUCCUUCAAGCCUCCUUUUCAUUAGAGUCGAUGCUGUUGAUAUGUUGAAUUUUGUAUUUAUACACAAGCUCCACUGAUUCAGGUGAGCUGAGGUUCUGCUCCUAUAAACCCAGUCCAAAGUCUGAAUAUCAUUUUAAUUUUUCUUUUGUUGUCGUUUCAUGUGUAUAUCCAUCACAACAGUAUGUUUGACAGUCAUCAAAUUCAUGUAGCAGAUGCUUUGAUUAGUGACACAAGAAUUUAAAUAGGUGACAGACUUUUCAACCUCUGUCACAUUUGUUAUCUGUUAUAUCUGUCUAUCUUGAUUUGAUGUUUUUAAUUCACCUGUUCUAAAAGUUUCAUUCACAAUGGCCAAGGCUUUUCGUAUUGUCGCGCUGUGUGCUGGUUCUGUAACCUCUGCUGAUGUUUUGUAAUAGUAUUUUGAUCCAGUAUGUAGAUUACAUUAAGUAUCAUUUUUCAAGCCAUUUCCACGCAAAGACACAUUCUGAUAACUCACACUACAGUUAUAGUUCAUUUUCAUUUUGUAUGAUUGAGAGUGGUAUAAACUGUUCUGGGUCAUGUCUCAGGUCAUUUCCAGUUAU